CUAUUGGGGCUGUUCACAGGGAGUUGGCCUGUUUCCAGGUAAUUUCUUCUCUGCACUAUUCCAUGGUUUUGGGAUAUCCCUGGCUUCAGACGCACAAUCCGACCUUUGAUUGGCAGUCGGCCGAGAUUCUCUCGUGGUCUCCACAGUGUGGGGCCGAUUGCAUCCGUGGACCUGUAAAGGUUGCCUUUUUGGGCUACAUCAUUUUCCAUGGACCCUCAGAAGGUUUCGGCGGUUCUGCAGUGGCCUCGUCCCAGUGGUCUUCGGUCCAUUCAGUGCUUUUUGGGAUUCGCCAACUAUUUAUCGGAAGUUUAUCAGGAACUUCUCCACGCUGGCCA